AUGUCUCAGUCGCCUAAAAUCGUCACCAUCUUUGGUGGGUCUGGCUUUGUCGGUCGCUAUAUUGCGCGGCGUAUGGCGAAAGAAGGUUGGCGUGUGCGUGUAGCGGUGCGCCGACCAAACGAGGCGCAUUUCGUGCGUCCUUACGGUGUGGUUGGGCAAGUUGAACCGAUCCUUGCGAAUAUCCGCAACGAGGAUUCUGUGCGUGCUGCGCUGGCUGGGUCUGAUGUGGUGGUGAACUGUGUGUCCGUAUUACAAGAGAGCGGCAAACAGACAUUCGAGGCGCUGAAUGAUGCAGGCGCUGGGUGUGUUGCAAAGAUUGCAGCGGAAGAGGGCGUUGGCCGUUUUGUGCAUCUGUCUGCGUUGGGCGCUGAUCUUGAGUCUGAGAGCGAUUCCGCGCGGACCAAAGCAGAAGGUGAGCAAGCGGUUUUGGCGGCAUUCCCAACUGCGAUGGUUUUGCGGCCCUCGGUUAUUUUUGGCAAUGAAGAUCAGUUUUUCAACCGCUUCGCAGAAAUGACCAAGCUGGGUCCAGUGCUGCCUUUGGUUGGCGGAGACAGCAAGUUUCAGCCUGUGUAUGUGGACGAUGUGGCGCAAGCGGCGUGUCAGGGAAUUCUUGGCACGGCUAAUGGCGGCAUCUAUGAAUUGGGUGGACCAGAAUCCAAAACACUGAGCGCGUUGAUGCACGAUAUGCUGCAUACGAUUCGACGCAAGCGGUUGGUUGUGAACCUACCGUUUUUCGUUGGAACGCUCAUGGGUAAAUCGCUGGGCUUGGCGCAGUUUUUGUCUUUUGGAUUGUUCACGAACACGAUCCUAACAACGGAUCAAGUGAAGCAAUUGCGCAAAGAUAAUGUCGUGUCGGAAAGCGCGAAAACCUUUGCGGACUUGGGCAUUUCACCAACAGGAAUCGAUGCGGUUGUGGAUCAGUAUUUGUAUCAGUUCCGCCCCUAUGGCCAGUACGCUGAGCUGACGGAAAGUGCUAAAAACCGCAAGGGUUUGCCGACGUCGAGCGACUUUUAA